AUGCCCUCCCCCGCCCAGCGCCGCCCCCGCCCCGCCUUCACCCUCGCCACCCCGCUCGCGGCCGUCCGCCACGCCCGCCGCGCGACGUCGCGGCGCCCACCGCGCUGCGCGCUCCCCCCGAACCGCCCGCCAUCGCACCUGCGCCCCUCCGAAGGCGUGUACAGCGAGGAGGACUGGCUAGUGCGCUCGCGCAUACGGCGCUCUCCGCAGCAGGCGGCGCAGACGAAGGUCGUCGUGUGCGGCGGCGGCUCGUUCGGCACGGCCAUGGCCAACCUGCUGGCGCGGAACGGCUACCCCGUCUCGCUCCUCGUGCGCAAGGCCUGGGUCAGCGACGAGAUCAACAUGGAGCACCGCAACCCCAAGUACCUGUCCGAGUACCUGCUGCCGGACAACCUCACGGCCACCACGGACCCCGCCGCCGCCUUCCGCGAUGCCAAGCUCUGCGUGCACGCCGUCCCCGUCCAGGUCUCGCGCGAGUUCGUCACCGGCAUCGCCCCCUUCGUCCCGCCCCACCUCCCCGUCCUGUGCACGUCCAAGGGGCUCGAGAUCUCCCGCCUCGAGCUCAUGUGCGACUUGCUCCCCACCAUUCUGGGGACCGAGCGCAAGUACGCCUAUUUGUCCGGCCCGUCCUUCGCCAAGGAGAUCAUCCAGGGCCUGCCCACCGCCGUCGUCGUCGCGUCGGCCGACCACACCUUUGCAAACAGCCUCUGCGACAUGCUCUCGUCCCCGUCGUUUAUGGUCUUCACAUCGACGGACACCGUCGGCCUGGAGGUCGCUGGCGCCAUCAAGAACGUCAUCGCCAUUGCCGCGGGCAUGAGCGACGGCCUGGGCCUGGGCACCAACUCCAUGGCCGCCCUCGUCACGCGGGGCUGCAGCGAGAUGCGCCGCAUCGCCAUUGCCCAGGGCGCGUCGCCUGUCACGCUGGCGGGGCUCAGCGGCGUGGGCGACACCUUUUUGACCUGCUUUGGACCGCUGAGUAGGAACCGCACCGUGGGCGUGCGCCUGGGCAGGGGUGAGAAGCUCGAGGAUAUUCUGAGCACGUCCAUGCAGAUUGCAGAGGGCGUCGCCACGGCAAAGGCCCUCAACUCCCCCAUGGCUAUUCGCGCAAGUCUCAAGUAUCCCAUUUUGUACGGCGUCGCAGCCAUACUGGAUGGCAAGAUCACCCCCAGGGAAGGCCUUCAUAUGCUGCUGGCAAUGCCGCCCCGGCCAGAAGAUUGA